AACCACACGAAGAAGAAGAGUUAGCCUUGUUUACAGAUACAACAGGAAAAUGUCUUUGCUGUUUACCUCGAGGGGGAUGGCUAGCUAGCCAGCUUCCACAGAAAAUAGGCUAAACGUUUCUUACUUUCCCUCAAAAUGUCUAAAAUGCAGCUGUUACAGGAUUAUCUAAACGAGCGAUUAACAGCGGUGGCUGUUGAGAUAUUUGGGGCAGUGGAAAAUACCAUAGCAGAGUACCAGGAAGAAAUCUCCCGUUCGAAGGAGGAGAUCGAUCGUCUACGGAAGCUGCUGGAUUUGGUUUUCCAACCCGACAUAAUGUUACAUAGAGCAGAUCCCCAGCAGCUCACAUUUCCAGUACCUGGAGAAGUUCCCCCUGAGAAGCAGCACUGUGACCAGGAGUGGAGCACCAGUCCGGGCCAGGGCAACCCAGAGCCCAAACCGAUUAAAGAGGAACAGGAGGAGUUUGGGACCAGUCAGGAGGAAGAGCAGCUUCAGGGGCUGGAGUCUGAUACCAAAGAGUUCAUAUUAAUUUCUACCUGUGUGAAAAGGGACUGUGAUCAGAACCCAUCCCAGUCCUCACAUCUUUACCAAAUCCAUACUGUGGAGAACAGAGAUAGGGACUCUCUACCCACCAAAACAAUUGAACAAGACAUCAAAACAGAACAUGGAGAGGCCUACGGAGAAUCCGAACCAAACAAUGAAUUACAGCCCCUUUCUCCAGUAAAUUCAGACUGUUCUGCAGCUCAGAUUGGGAACAGUGAAAGUGACAAUGGUGUGGAUGGUGGAGGACUAAUGUCAGGGUUACAGCCACUUAAAUCAAAGAGAACAUUGACAAAGAAAGGACAAAGCUCUAAGACCAGGGAAGCCAGUGAGUUGAAAGUUCCAUUGAGGGCGGCUCACUCAGGGGAGAGACCACACAGGUGUCCCGUCUGCAGGAAAUGCUUUCUGAAAAGUAGCAUUUUAAAAACUCAUCAGAGAAUUCACACUGGCAUGAAACCAUAUUGCUGUAAUGUAUGUGGCAAAAGUUUCAGAGAAAAGGGAACUUUGACAGAACAUAUGAGAAGUCACACUGGGGAGAAACCAUAUCAGUGCAAAGAUUGUGGCAAAUGCUUUAUCCGGAUUAGAAACCUGACAGACCAUAUGAGGAUACAUACUGGAGAGAAACCGUAUCAGUGCAGUGAUUGUGGCAAAUGCUUCAGUCAGAAGAAAACCCUGACCAUACAUAUGAGGACAGUACACUGGAGAGAAACUGUAUCCGUGCAAAGAAUGUGGCAAAUGCUUCAGCCAGAUGAAAAGCCUGAAAGGCCAUAUUAGGUUUCACACAGGUGAGAUGCACCAUCAGAUGAGAGACCAUAUAAGUGCCCCAUGUGUGUCGAAUGCUUCAGAUCAGCAAGUCAUCUAAAAUGGCACCAGCGAAGACAUCACACAGGAGAGAAACCACGUUGCUGACUUUGUGGUAAAUGCUUCACUUGUAAGAACUGAGGAGGAGAAUGAACCCAGAGGGAUAAACAUGACAGUGCUGCUGGGGCAAAGUCGUACUCUCACUUGUAGGAGGACCUUUCCAUUGUAAAACACUGAUGUUUCAUAACCCUUCUGAGCAUGGCCCAAAUGUAUAUAAUAUGUUUUGUAAAACUUAGUUAUUUUGAUUUUUAAAUUUGUUCCAACAUUAAUCCUCUCCCCCACUUGGACUAUCCCCUAUAAAGUCACAGCAAUCUAGUACAUUGGUGUUAUCUAAAUACAUUAAAGGAUGUUUACAUUUUGAGGGUGUGACGAUCAGGGUUGGGUUUAAUUCCAUUUAAAUUCCAUUCAAUUCAGGAAGUUAAUUGAAAUUCCAAUUCUCCUCAACACUUUUCAAUUAUGAAGAUGUGGAAUUGGAAUUUGGUUUAUUUUCUGAAUUGACUGGAUUUUUAAAUGGAAUUCAUCCCUGAUGAUGAUCAUCCUAUGUCAUCAUCACUUAAUAUAAAGCCUUGCUUAUUAUAUAAAUGACCAGACAUGACAAACGGUUUAUGAUAAGAAGCCCGAUAUGUUGAUAGUUGAUCACCUGGGAAAAUAAACGCGUUUGAGAUUGAGGGACUUCUAUUCAUCUGGACCGGUGCCCUGGUAGUCGUGUUUUGCACCAUGUGAAAGUUGAUUGCAUUUGUUUUGGAACCGUGCUGCCUCCCGGGCAUGAGCCAGGUUCCCAAUUCAAAGCCCACGGUGAAGUCGGCUAAAAACAAAAGUGACGUAAUUUAGCAUGUGGCAUAAUGAGUAGGAUUCUGUGUUUUCACAUGCAGAAGUGAUUAGUUUAAAAAAAAUCAAAAGCAUCUGCCUUCCCAAUGAAAACUAGUUUGAAAAUUCAAACAUAAUUUAUGGGAAAGAGAAUUAUGUUCUGGCCGAUUCACCAUGCUUCCUUGUUGGCGACAUGACCAAGCAGUGCAGAUUACUAUUUCAUUUGAGAAGGUUGCUUUUUCCUCACCGCUUUUGGCCUUUCAUGUCAUGGGCCAUAAACUGCUGCCUCAGCGUAAUGGAAUCCGCCCAUUGGCACGUUGGAAAUUGGUUUGGCGCCAAAACCUUCUGUAGUGAGUCUCUCCGAUAAUAUUACUCUGUCUGUUAAUGCAUUUAACGAUCAGAAAGUUCUACUAAAAUGUGAUCAGGUGUAACAUUUAAAACGUGAAGGCUAAUUUAAAUAAAUGUGAAUGAUUACCUUGUUUAUUCCUGUGAUUGUUGAGGGUGGUCUGUCCAUUUCCUGAUCAGAGUUUGACAGGUAAACAGUGGGAGUGUUCGAGUGCAUGGUUAAUUCAUGGUACGGGGUACUCGGAAGUAGCAUAUUCCUGGGAGGGACUUAUAAAGCAUGUUGUAGCACCUUUAUAAGUCCCUCCCGGGAAUAUUACACAUGUAUUGUAAUAGUUGCCUUUGUCAAUUGAUCACCAUUUUGUGAAUGUAUUCUCAUUGGCCGUUGCAUUAUGGGUAGCUGUAUUUAAACCUUGCCAUUUCGUUGUUUGAGACAGGACAGAGCCCGGGAAAGGUUGGCAUGCUGCUGGGUUAAUUGACAUUAUUGUAGCCUGGAUUUUUCUUUGAACAAGCUCUUAUGUGGAACAGUUUAUGAUCCUGUUGCAACCAACAGCCUAUUUUGUUUUGUAAAUAUUGUAAAACUUUUCCCACUAUUUCCUCACUGCAAAUAAAAAGCCUCACCCUGAGCAGAAAAUCAGCUUUAUAUUGUCUUGCCGAUUCCGGUUAAAAGUCCAACUGCUGGGUCAACAUCAGGAAGGGGAACGGGCUUCAGAUUUGAAAACAUGCUAACUUUAUACCUGUAGUAGGAGGACAAACAAACCCAUCAGGUCAAUGAUAUUGGCUGAAUAUAUUAAGGGAUAAACAUGCACUACAUUGUAGAAGCCCGCAAUGUUGUACCUAACAGAAUGCAUUUUUAAGCAUACAUGUAUGUAGUUACCUUCCUUUUGCUUAGAAUUAUACACAAUACAUUUCAGUGACUGUCUUGUAGCUGUACUAAAAUCAGCACAUAUUUGUUUCAUGCAGAAGGCACCUGGUUCAAAUGUUGGACUGUCACCUCACCAGCUCUAGUCUGUCAUUACCUCUUAUGUCUGUGUAGCGGGUUUGACACCGCUGCAUGGUGUUCUUUCUCAUAAACCUGACAUGGCAUUACAUGGACUGGGGCUAUGUUGUUGUGAGUAUCUUAGAGUGGAUUGGUGUAUCAUGCUUCUUCUUAAUAAAAUGUUUUAAU